UACCGCAAAUGCUCCAGAUACACUCGUUUUACCGCGCACAGUCGAUGCGCGCUCACGCGCCCGCGGGCAAGAAGCUGCAGCGCGAGAGGGCAGGAAGUGAUUUCGGCGGCGGGAGCAGAUGCCGAUCUCCUCUUUGGAAACACGUCCGACCACGACACAGGGAGCGGCGCGAAGAAAGCGAGCGCGGACCACCGGGGGGUUUAUUCGCCUCCAACGCAGACGGGCAGACAGGAAGAAGUGGUUAUGGAGUGACUGAGGGAGCAGACGGAUGAGUCACCUACAGUAUGAGUGAUAGAUGAUGUAACGGCAGAACAUGGAGCUAACGGAGACGGACCCAGUGCCUCUAACAAGCUUUUGACCCGUGACUAAACAAGCCGGAGUGAAGGGAGCGCUCUCAUUCUGAUUGAAUGACCCCACGCCUCCUCACCGGGUGAUGGAACAUAAUCACAAAUGGACCCUUAACACCGAGGCUGGAGUGUGUGAGGUUACAUGAUCUUCCUGUCUGCGUGCAUGCUGCUGUUGAAGUGGGAGCAGAGAGUUUGGAUGCUGCAUGAAGCCAUGUUGCGGCGUGGGCUGCUAGCCUGGGUGUCCCGCGUCGGAGGCGCCCUGGUGCUCCUCUGCUGCUCCCUGUCUCUGCUCUAUGUCAUGACCUGCAGCCCCCCGCCGUCGGACGACUCCCCCCUGAGCCACGUGUUGCCCCGUCCUGGACCCAAUCCCGCCGGCCUGGGGGGCACGGGGCCAGGGGUCGGGGCGGGGGCCGGCGGGACCAGAGGAGCCAGGGCCCCUCUGAGCGGCGGGCCCCCGGGGGCCAAGUCGUACCAGAUGCUCCUGAAGGAGCGCGAGGAGCAGCACCGCCUCCACAUCUCGUCCCUGAAGACGGAGAUCGCGCGGCUGAAGGAGGCCCUGCAGGAGCGCAGCCAGCAGCUGAAAGGCGUGCAGGAGAGCCUGAAGAGAGCCGGCCCGGCGGAGGGACAGGAAGCUGGGGCCAGGCCCCAGGGAAGCGGCCCCGCGGAGGCUCAGGGCACCAGGAGCCAGCAGGCGGACCUCCAGGAGUUCCUGAGGAGCCAGCUGUCGAAGGCGGAGGUGAGCGCCGGCGCCAGGCUGCCCAGCGAGUACGCGGUGGUGCCCUUCGAGAGCUUCACCCUGCAGAGGGUGUAUCAGCUGGAGAUGGGGCUGACGCGGCACCCCGAGGAGAAGCCGGUGAGGAAGGACAAGAGGGACGAGCUGGGAGAGGUGCUGGAGACGGCGCUGCACAGCCUGAACGCGCCGUCGCCGCCGGACAGCGAGGGAGGAGCGGAGAAGAGUCAGACCAGCAAAGUGUACGCGCCGUCUGACUUCAUAGAAGGCAUCACCCGGACAGAGAAGGACAAAGGGACGCUGUACGAGCUGACCUUCAGGGGAGAGACCAGCAGCGAGUUCAGGCGCCUGGUCCUCUUCCGGCCCUUCGGGCCCCUGAUGAAGGUGAAGCAGGAGCGGGUGGACACGUCGGCCGUCCCCAUCAACAUCGUGGUGCCGCUGUCGAGGCGCACAGACAAGUUCAAGCAGUUCAUGCAGAACUUCAGGGAGGUCUGUGUGCGACAGGACGGCCGGGUCCAUCUGACGGUGGUGUAUUUUGGGAACGAGCAGAUGAGCGAGGUCCGCAGCACUCUGGAGAACACAUCCAGGGAGGUCAACUUCAAAAACUACACUCUGCUGCAGCUGGAUGAGGAGUUUUCUCGAGGACGAGGUCUAGACGUUGGGGCCCGAGCCUGGAAAGGAGGAAACGUACUGCUUUUCUUCUGCGAUGUGGACAUCUACUUCACAGUGGACUUCCUCAACACCUGCCGACUUAACACACAGCCGGGUAAAAAGGUUUUCUACCCAGUGCUGUUCAGCCAAUACAAUCCCACUUUGAUCUACGGGAGCCUUGAACACGUCCCACCUGUGGAGCAGCAGCUGGUGAUCAAGAAAGACACUGGCUUCUGGAGGGAUUUUGGUUUUGGUAUGACAUGUCAAUACAGAUCCGACUUCAUCAAUAUUGGAGGUUUUGACAUCGAUAUCAAGGGCUGGGGUGGCGAAGAUGUCCACCUGUACAGGAAGUACCUGCACAGCAGCCUCCUGGUGGUCCGGGCGCCGUCGCGGGGCUUAUUCCACCUGUGGCAUGAGAAGCACUGCGCGGACGAGCUCCCGCCGGACCAGUACCGCAUGUGCAUGCAGUCCAAAGCCAUGAACGAGGCCUCCCACGGCCAGCUGGGGAUGCUGUUCUUCAGGCCCGAGAUCGAAGCUCACCUCCGCAAGCAGAAGCAGCAGCAGAACGCAAACCCGAAGAAGGCGUGAGGGUGAGGACGGACUGUGGGACGCGCUGCACACGCCUAAAGGGCUGGAAAGCAGGUUUUAAAGGAAUACGAUUUUUAGAAAGGAACGUGGAGAGGCACAUCAAAAUGUCAAUAGCAGAUUCUUGUAGUAUGAAGGAGGAAGUCGUAUACUUUCUGUUGUAGGAAUAAAAUGAGCAGAAGCAGGUUAAAAAAUAUUCGGUCUCUGUCCACAGGUAAAGAUAUUUUGUGUAAGUACACUUUAAAGCACAUAUGUGUUAAUUAGACAUAUUAAUGAUACAUAAUUAGUGUGAAAGGGAACAUGAAAGACUGUAUGUCACAAAUUGUUAAUAUUAUGAGAAUGUGAAGACUUCCUAGAUUUUAUUACCCGCUGUUGCUCUGGAAAGAACAACUCCGUGUACUUUAGCUUAUGAGACUUAUCGAGGUCACCCACUUCACCACAGUGGACGUUGUCAGAUGUGUAAUUGCUGUUUGUAUAUUCCUCUGUGACCUGAAUCAUGUCUUUGAGCUGUAACUGGUGCCUUCUGUGAAUAAACCCUAAACACUGUCUCUUCAGGAUGACCUGAGAAAUGUAAAAAAUCCGUACAUUUUUUACAUUUAGGGAGCAGCGCCAUCUACUGGACUAAACGCCAAUAACACGUUGGCGAAUAAACAAUGAAGGACUUGAGAAAAGCCAGGAAUGGCCUUGUAAAACCUUUAAUUUUUUAUAAAUUAUUGAUCUGUACUCUUCCUUCCUUUAGUUUGUUUGUAUCAACCUUCACUUUUAUGCUUUCAGUUUUUUUCUGCAUUUUAUGUCAUGCAGUUGUUGCAGUACAGUAUUGUUUGUACAACAUUCCCUUAUCUCAUGAAGUGAGAAUGACCCAAAGAGAAACACAGUAUAUCGUUUUAACUGGAAAAUAUUUUCUGAUGAACUGGCAGUUUUCCCAAAAAAACUUCUAGAUGCAAGUCAUACAUAUUUGUUAAAUUGAAAUUGAGAUAAACCAAUAUGUGGACUAAUUAUUUUUAUUAGAAUUAAAUCAUUAUAUUGUUCACUCUCCUGACGAUGACUUAAUAAGUCGGAAUUUAUAUUUUAAUAUGUUUGUUCCUGUUAUACAAAUGUGGCUUUGUUAAAAGAAUAUGUUCUUUUACUAUUGAUUAAGUCUCUUAGACCCCUAUCUUAGACAAAAUGUAUCAGAAAUUACAGACUGUAAGAUAAAAUAUGACACAUAUCAGUGAGCAGUAAAACUUUAAUUACUAUCUCAAUGGUUGCUUCGUGCUUAGACAGACAAAGAUACUGUUCUUAUAAUCCUGAUCUAGCGUUUGCUCAGUCAUCAGACGCGAUUGAAACAAUGUGUAUUUUUGGUAAAUGACCAAAGCUGUGAAAAGAGGCACUUUUUUCAUUUUUUAUUGUCUUCUGUUAAAACAUUCAUUGUAAAAAUACAUUAAAUUAAUUGUCAUUGAGUUAUUUUUUCAUGUCAUGGUAAUUAAAUUAAUAAACCAUU